AAGAGGGAGGGGAGAGAGGCAGGCCGGAGGCCGCCGCAGCUGCGACACUUUCCGGCGUUGUGGAAGCCGAGCUCCGGUGGUGGAGACGACACCGGCGUACAGCGGCUCCUGCCGAAUGAGCUUCCCCGGCGAGGCGGCGCGAAAAGCCGGCUUCAGGUCAGUCGCGCCCCCCGCCUUGGAUAAACUUCACACUACCGAGCUCCAGCGGCGGUACUUUGGUCGGACUUGACCCGCUGGCUACUCACUUGGCACAGGGCGACGCCAGUUCCACCGGGACAGGGGGUGGUGAUGGAUGGCUUUGGGGGUGCGGUUAAAGUGUCAGGCGGGCAGGUGUUGGUCCACACUUUGAAUGGGACUUUGACAUGCAAACACCAGGCACAGAUUACAACUAUCAAACUGGGCAUAGUUUUUCAGGCGUGGAUGGGGGAAGACCCUUUCAGGGUUAAGCUGCCCACAACAGCAAAGUGAGAAUUUCCUGAAGAGUGAAGCAGACAUGGUGGACACCCAGCAGCUCUUCGCCUGGCCGGUGGGCUUCAGUCCGAGCACCGCGGAUCUGCUCGAGCUGGACGACAGCAGCCACUCGGCGCACAUGACGACGUUUGACUACGCCACCAUCUCCUCCUCUUCCUGCUCCUCCCUGUCGCCCUCGCUGGUGGCCUCCAUGUCCUCCGUCGACAUGGCCUACGACCCAAGUCCUCCGCAGAGAGAGGACCGCUUAACCAACCUGGACUACACCAGCAUGCACGGCUACAGGACCCAGGCGGACGCACACAAUUUCAUCAAGAUGGAGCCAGAGUCGCCUCCUCAACAGGCCGACAGUCCAUCGGUCUCCAAGCUACCGGAUGACACCUCGACUCCAGCACUCAACAUCGAGUGCCGUGUGUGUGGAGAUAAAGCUUCUGGCUUUCACUACGGCGUGCACGCCUGUGAAGGAUGUAAGGGUUUCUUCAGGCGCACCAUCAGGUUGAAGCUGGUGUACGAUCACUGCGACCUCCACUGUCGCAUUCACAAGAAGUCCCGCAACAAAUGUCAAUACUGUCGCUUCCAGAAGUGCUUGAACGUCGGCAUGUCACACAACGCUAUUCGCUUUGGCCGGAUGCCGCAGGCGGAAAAAGAGAAACUUCUAGCGGAGUUCUCAUCGGACAUUGAGCACAUUCAUCCGGAGGCAGCAGAUCUGAGGGCCUUGGCCAAACAUUUGUAUGAAGCCUAUCUGAAGUACUUCCCCCUCACCAAGGCCAAGGCCAGGGCCAUCCUCUCUGGCAAGACCGGAGACAAUGCACCUUUUGUCAUCCAUGACAUGAAGUCUCUGAUGGAGGGCGAGCAGUUCAUUAACUGCAAGCAGAUGCCCAUCCAGGAACACCAGCAACAUACCUCUGUCUUCUCCGCCUCAAACGGAGGCGCAAUUCCGGGGUCGGAGUACGGCAUUGUGGGAAUGACAAGCGCCCUCGAGCUGCGUUUCUUCCACAGCUGUCAGUCGCGCUCGGCUGAAGCUGUGAGAGAAGUGACAGAGUUCGCCAAGAGCAUCCCGGGAUUCAUCGACCUGGAUCUCAAUGAUCAGGUGACUUUGCUCAAGUACGGCGUGAUCGAGGUGCUGAUCAUCAUGAUGGCGCCGCUGAUGAACAAAGACGGGACGCUCAUCUCUUACGGGCAGAUCUUCAUGACGCGGGAGUUCCUCAAGAGUCUCAGGAAGCCAUUUUGCCAACUGCUGGAGCCCAAGUUCGAGUUCUCCGUCAAGUUCAACAUGCUGGAGCUUGACGAUAGCGACAUGGCGCUCUUUCUCGCCGUCAUUAUCCUCAGUGGAGACCGCCCGGGCCUCCUGAACGUGAAGCCCAUCGAGCAGCUGCAGGAGACGGUGCUGCACUCGCUGGAGCUGCAGCUUAAAGUCAACCACCCGGACUCUCUGCAGCUCUUCGCCAAGCUCCUCCAGAAGAUGACCGACCUGCGGCAGAUCGUCACCGACCACGUGCACCUCAUCCAGCUCCUGAAGAAGACCGAGGUGGACAUGUUCCUGCACCCGCUGCUGCAGGAGAUCAUGAAGGACCUGUACUAGAGGGAGAAGCGAGCACUGAGACGGUGUAUUGCGAAAGGGAAUCCUUCUGCCUUACGACGAGAGGAGGUGACCGAAAUUGAGAAAGAGAUGAGGAAGGAGGUCAGGAGUGUUGGAAGCCGUCUAGACGGCCACGGCAACAGCUUGCAAAACCACCGCUUGCUGUCCCAAUCAGGGCGAGGGGCCGUGCCGUGGGGAAGGCGGGCCCUUGCGCUUUGAUUGGCAGACUCCACCGAGUGCCUUGGAGGUUCAUGUAACUGUGAAGAUUUGACACCACGUGCCGCACAGCAGGGUGUGUUUGUGUGUGGGGAUGACCUCGUGUUAGGGUCUUGUUUACAUGCACACAACUAUAGCCUAUCAAAAGUCAUUUUAUUACAUCUUCUCAAGGGAUAAUACCACUUCUUAGGAGUCCGUCGUCUCAUAGGUGAUACAAACCCCGUUUCCAUAUGAGUUGGGAAAUUGUGUUAGAUGUAAAUAUAAACGGAAUACAAUGAUUUGUAAAUCUCUUUCAACCCAUAUUCAGCUAAAUGCACUACAAAGACAAGAUAUUUGAUGUUCAAACUCAUAAACUUUAUUUUUUUUGCAAAUAAUAAUUAACUUAGAAUUUCAUGGCUGCAACACGUGCCAAAGUAGUUGGGAAAGGGCAUGUUCACCACUGUGUCACAUCACCUUUUCUUUUAACAACACUCAAUAAACGUUUGGGAACUGAGGAAACUAAUUGUUGAAGCUUUGAAAGUGGAAUUCUUUCCCAUUCUUGCUUCAUGUAGAGCUUCAGUCGUUCAACAGUCCGGGGUCUCCGCUGUCGUAUUUUACGCUUCAUAAUGCGCCACACAUUUUCAAUGGGAGACAGGUCUGGACUGCAGGCGGGCCAGGAAAGUAGCCGCACUCUUUUACUACGAAACCACGCUGUUGUAACACGUGGCUUGGCAUUGUCUUGCUGAAAUAAGCAGGGGCGUCCAUGAUAACGUUGCUUGGACGACAACAUAUGUUGCUCCAAAACCUGUAUGGACCUUUCAGCAUUAAUGGUGCCUUCACAGAUGUGUAAGUUACCCAUGCCUUGGGCACUAAUACACCCCCAUACCAUCACAGCAUCCGGAUAGUUAUUUUCCUCUUUGUUCCGGAUGACACCACGUCCACAGUUUCCAAAUAUAAAUUGAAAUGUGGACUUGUCAGACCACAGAACACCUUUCCACUUUGCAUCAGUCCAUCUUAGAUGAGCUCGGGCUCAGCGAAGCCAGCGGCGUUCCUUGGUGUUGUUGAUAAAUGGGUUUUGCUUUGCAUAGUAGAGUUUUAACUUGCACUUACAGAUGUAGCAACCAACUGUAAUUACUGACAGUGGUUUUAUGAAGUGUUCCUGAGCCCAUGUGGUGAUAUCCUUUACACACUGAUGUCUGUUUUUGAUGCAGUACUGCCUGAGGGAUCUCUGGUCCGUAAUAUCAUUGCUUACGGGCAGUGAUUUCUCCAGAUUCUCUGAACCUUUUGAAGAUUUUACGGACCGUAGAUGGUAAAAUAUCUAAAUUCUUUGCAAUAGCUCGUUGAGAAAUGUUGUUCUAAAACUGUUCGACAAUUUGCUUACAAAGUGGUGACCCUCGCCCCAUCCUUGAUUGUGAAUUACUUAGCAUUUCAUAGAAGCUGCUUUCAUAUCCAAUCAUGGCACCCACCUGUUCCCAAUUAGCCUGCACACCUGUGGAAUGUUCCAAAUACAGUAAGUGUUUGAUGAGCAUUCCUCAACUUUAUCAGUAUUUAUUGCCACCUUUCCUAACUUCUUUGUCACGUGUUGCUGGCAUCAAAUUCUAAAGUUACUGAUUAUUUGCAACAAAAAAAUGUUUAUCAGUUUGAACAUCAAAUAUGUUGUCUUUGUAGCACAUUCAACUGAAUAUUGGUUGAAAAUGAUUUGCAAAUCAUUGUAUUCCUUUUAUAUUUACAUCUAACACAAUUUCCCAACAAAUAUGAAAACGGGGUUUGUACACAAUAUGGCACAGCCACACAGUUCAAUCAAUCAAUCAAAGUUUAUUUACAUAGCCUUUAAUGACAAGUGUCUCAAAGGGCUGCACAAGCCGCAACGUUGGCUCUAUUUCGCAUCAAAAGUGCAGUCGUCACACUUCCUACCAGUUUCUCAAUGGCAGGUUUUUGUCGCUGAGGAAAUUCUGCAAGUACACAAUGAAAAAUUACAAGUGACACCACUUCGCUGCAGGAUUUCAGGUGCAUUUUUUUGUAAUUAUUGUGGCAAAAGUUGCAAUGUUUUUCGAAGGCUAUUUUUUUCAAUAACUCGGAACCAACUUUUAUACAUUUUUUUUAUUCAUGUUUAAGUUGUGACGAUCUGUGACUUCAUUUCUGUUUGUUCCCUUGUUUUUGCAUUUACUUCCCAUCAAUGCUCUUAUUUUGUUCCAUUUCCUGUUUGUCCCCUGAGCACUGUUUGACCACUCACCUGCCGUUGAUUGGCGGGCGGUCCACACCUGCUGCCAAAGCGCUCGAAGAUCAUGUCAGGAACUCGCAUGGCUGCAGUUUUUGAGACCCCUAAGAUGCAGGAACCAGCAGACCAUGAGAAGGUAAGAUGAUUUUUAUUAUCAGCAACAGAAAUAAAGCAGCCUUGCACACAAACGUUUCACAACCUAAAGCGAUCUUCGAGCACUGAGGUGUGUUCGAGACAAGGCAUAAAUAGGACACGCUGAUUGGCAGCAGGUGUGGACCGCCUGCCAAUCAACGGCAGGUGAGUGGUCAAAUGGAACAAAAUAAGAGCACUGAUGGGAAGUAAAUACAAAAACAAGGAAACAAACAGAAAUGAAGUGACAGAUUGUCACAUAAGUGUUCCUCGUAACCUCCAUCAAUGUCUACCGCUUAUCACGUAACCUGAACCUCGAAAAGCGCUUAAAUUGCAACAAAAAUUGGAAAACAAAUAUUGAUGUUUUACUUGUUUUAUGCCACACAGAACAUAGACACUAGAUGGCAGUAA